GCCCUCUGCACAAGAAAUAUAUCGCAAGACGUAACAACAUUAUCGUCAACUCCGAAACACAACCACAUCCACCAACUUCUUGUACAACUUUACUGAUCAGUUGCCGGGGCCUGCCGGGGUAAGGCCGGGGAUGGAAGGAAUGGUUGGGAAACCGCUAGGCAGUGGCGGCAGAGAAACCUUUGGCAUGGAAGGAAUGGUGGGCAUGGUCGGAAUAGCACCGGCGCUGGGGAGUGGCGGCAAUCCUCCACCGGUUGGCAGAGAUGGGAUGGUGGGCAUGGCGGCGCCGGCGCUGGGGAGCGGUGGUAAUCCUCCUCCGGACGGCAGAUUUGGAAUGGUGGGCAUGGCGCCGGCGCUGGGAAGUGGUGGCAAUCCUCCUCCGGUUGGCAGAGAUGGGAUGGUGGGCAUGGCGGCGCCGGCGGUGGGGAGCGGCGGCAAUCCUCCGGUUGGGAGAGUUGGUAGCGGCAGAGAUGGGAUGGUGGGCAUAGGAGGCAGUGCUGUGGGUUGUGGCAGUUGGAGAAGCUGUCGAGCCGCCAUUCCAUGUUCCAUGUUGCAGAAUGUGACGGCGAGGACGAGAGCAAAGAGGAACAAGUUGGAAGAAGAAGCCAUGAUUCUGAUUUAACUUGUUGGAGGAGAUUUCGGAGGGUUGUUUUGUUUGGGUUUUGUUGGUUUCAAGU